AUGCGCAUUGCCCUUUUAAUCCUUCUAAUCAGGGCGCCCUGUGAAGCAAUGCGACGUGCGUUGGUGGUGGUUGACAUGACUGUUGAACAGGUGGCGAACAUUAGUUUUCAGAAAGAUGAGAUGAUUCAAACCAUCAGGCACCUGGCGCUGAGCGGGAAGUUUGACACAAAGAUCGAUUCCCACCUGUGGUUUGAGAAAGGUGGUCCACCAUCCUCUCUUGCAGAAAUGUAUCCACACGUUGGUCGUGCAGGGACACCAGGUGCAGAGCUAAUUCCUGAACUCUGCGACCUCGGUUUGGACUCUUGCCAGUAUUCUUGUUUCGCUGGAGGAGCAGAGCUUGAAAUCCUGUUGCGGGAGCGCGGAAUCGAAGAGGUGGUGAUCACUGGCAUUAAUACGGACUACUGUGUAAUGGCUACUGCACUUGAUUCCUUUUACAGCAUGUUCCGCACACGGGUGGUGGGGUCUGGAAUAUCCUCAUUUAAUGGACGAGCAGGCCAUUUAGAAGGAUUGAAGGAUAUCCGCAGAUUUCUUGGCGACAUUGUGGUUGGUGCAGAUGAGUAUUUGGGGUCUGAUCCAGCUGCUCGUCCAAGCUUAUGUAUAUAUAAAUAUAUCUACUUUUUGACAUCAUCACUAUCAGUCUUGCCGUUCUUGAGGCCACUGAUGGACUCAGCAAGCGCUCUAGGGUUUGUCCCCUCUUCUCAUCAGUUGUCAUGUAAGGUGACCAUCAGAGAAUAA